CCGCGAGAAAUGGGGCAUCCGAGUACUCUUCGGGAAAUAUCCCGGCCCGGCCGGCCUGGUGCCUGCUGGUGUCGCUUCCCCUCGGCUGGUGGGCGCCCCACGCGGCCACGGCUGCCACCGCCUCCGGGGCUAUUUAAGAAGGCGCCCCCCGCCACCAUCCUACUCACCGCUCACCACCAGUCCACCGCAAGCUCGAGGGGUCUGCACUGCAGGGGAAGCGCGAGCUCAUCAGGUGAGCCUGAGCUGAGCCGCAGAUGGUUCCGCGGCCGCGGGAGGCUUAGCGUCGGCGAUCGAGGACAGGACGCGACGUGCCACAUGUUGAGCGCGCAGACGGCGGCUAGCACCAGCAGCAGCGGCGUCGUCGUCGAGCGGGAGAGGAGCGUCGUCGUCGAGCAGGAGAGGCGGCGGCAGCCGGUGGGGGAGGACGAGGACGAGGAGGAGGAGGAGGAGGAGCCGGAGUUCAGGGACAUCCACGCGCUGAGCCCGCCGCCGAGCCAGCCGCCGUCGUACCGCAGGGGGCGCGGGGAGUCGUGGGGGUCCGCCGCGGGCGGGAGCAGGCACACGUCGAUCCGCUCCGUCGGGAGCGACACCGCCCCCAGCGAGCCCUUCCCGACUAUGAGCAGGGAGUUCUCGGCCAUGGUCGCCGCAGCAGCCACCGCCAACGCCGCCAACGCCGCCAGCGCCAACGGGGCCGGGAGCGAUGCCGAGAGGGACGCCGACGCGAUGGGCAGGAUCGGGGAGGGCGAGGAGCUGGAGGAGACCAACCCGCUGGCCAUCGUGCCGGACAGCAACCCCAUCCCGUCGCCGCGCCGGGGCCUGCCGACCCCCGGCGCGGACGUGGCGCUGGCCGGCGCCGGUGCCCACGGCCACGGCCAGGCCGGGGUGUCGGUCGGGCAGGUGAAGAAGGAGGAGGUGGAGUCCAAGAUCGCCGCGUGGCAGAUCGCCGAGGUGGCCAAGGUCAACAACCGCUUCAAGCGCGAGGAGGUCGUCAUCAACGGAUGGGAGGGCGACCAGGUCGAGAAGGCCAGCGCCUGGCUCAAGAAGUACGAGAGGAAGCUGGAGGAGAAGCGCGCCAAGGCGAUGGAGAAGGCGCAGAACGAGGUGGCCAAGGCGCGGCGGAAGGCGGAGGAGAAGCGCGCGUCGGCGGAGGCCAAGCGGGGCACCAAGGUGGCGCGCGUGCUGGAGCUCGCCAACUUCAUGAGGGCCGUCGGGAGGGCGCCCUCCACCAAGCGCUCCUUCUUCUGAAUCCCUCCCGGCCCCGAUCGUCGUCUUCAGACCUUCCUUCCUCCGCCUGGUGCUCGUCGCCGCCGGCGCACCCGUUUUGUUGGAUUGGAUCGUUCACCGCUUCACUACACGGGAUCAGCAGACAGAGUGAUCAGUGCCGUGCUAGCUGUGUGGAACGCUUGUUUUAGUGUUGUGUCCACAUGUAUGAUCUGUAAUCUUAUCCCCCCCCCCCCCCUGUUCUGUGCUUGAUAUGGUGUUGCAAAGUCGAUGGCAAGUACAGACAGGGAACAGUACACAUGUCAUAAGAAGGAUGUGCUCUGCUUGAGUCUUGAGGGCAAGAGCUGCCUGUGUUUUCUUGGAUUUUUCUUUUCAUUUAGGAUCGUGUAUGUCAAUAUGAACAAGAUAUCGAGUGAAUUACCGCUGUGUAAAUUUGCUUUA